UUCAUUGCAAGGGAAGCGAACCUUCCUUACCCCUCCUAUCGUGCACUCUUCUUCCUCCUUCCCCCAAAUAUCCAGAGAGAAGGCAGGAGGACCAAACCCUAGCCGCCGCCGCCCCGAUCCGAUGGCGCCGUCGCCGUCCCCGCCGCCGCCGGCGAGCGGAGCGCAGUACGCGCACCAGUUCCUCAACACCGCCCUCUCCCAGCGCGGUCCCUCGGCGCUCCCCUACGCGGAGGACGUCAAGUGGCUCAUCCGCAACCACCUCGUCGCCCUCGCCGACGCCUUCCCCUCGCUCCACCCCAAGGCGGCCCUCUUCACCCACAACGACGGCCGCGCCGCGCACCUGCUCCAGGCCGACGGCACCGUCCCCAUCCACCACGCCGGGGCAACCUACAACCUGCCCGCCGUCAUCUGGCUGCCCGAGACCUACCCGCGCUCCCCGCCCCUCGUCUUCCUCUCCCCCACCCGCGACAUGCUCAUCAAGCCCCCCCACCCGCUCGUCGACCGCUCCGGCCUCGUCGCCAACGCCCCCUACCUCCGCUCCUGGGUCUUCCCCUCCUCCAACCUCCUCGACCUCGUCAGAUCCCUCUCCCACCUCUUCGGCCUCGACCCGCCGCUCUUCACCAGAUCCGUCGCAGCCCCGUCUCCCACUCCUCCUCCCGCUCAUCCUGCUCCUCCUCCCGCCGCCGCCUCCCCCGCCAUGCGCCCCGAGGCCGUCUACGCUCCUGUCCCUCGCCCGUACAGGUUCCCGGCAUCGCCCCAGCUCGCCGCGCGCCAGCCGCCCACAGAGGACCCAGCUGAGGUCUUCAAGCGCAACGCCAUCUCCAAGCUUGUCGACACCGCCUACGCGGACGCUGCCGCCCUGCGCACCGCCCGCGAGGCAGAGGUCGACUCCCUCUUCGCCGUGCAGGCCGAGCUGCGUGGCCGAGGGGAGGCGGUGAACGAUGGGGUUCGCAGGAUCACGGAGGAGAAGGAGACGCUCGAGCGCCGGCUUCAGGACGUGGUGAUGGCCACUGACGUCAUUGAGGCCUGGGUUGCCGAGAACCGCAAGGGGGCUGCCGACGAUGCCACUGAGGCGGAGGGGGCCAUCCAGCCUGCUGACGUGCUGUCCAGGCAGAUGCUGGAGUGCACAGCUACUGAUUUGGCACUCGAGGACACCAUCUACGCGCUUGACAAAGCUGUCCAGGAAGGAUCGGUGCCCUUCGACGGCUACCUCAGGAGCGUGCGCGCACUUGCACGGGAGCAGUUCUUCCAGCGUGUCCUCUGCACCAAGGUUAACAAUGCGCAGCAGCAGGCACAGGUUGCUAGGAUGGCAGCACGGGCACCACAGUACGCCUCCUAGCCAAGAUGAUGGAUAGGUCAGUAUACAUGCUUUAUGAUCGAUCAAUUCCAUCCAUUGUAAGAGAGUGGCUCAGUGUAAAGUUGGUUCCCGUUGUCGUUGAUGUGUGUGCUUACUGAAUAUCAAACAGAUGGAUGUGUCACAAUAAUAACUUUAUUAGUUUGGGUGUUGUAAGUUCAUGGUGAUGUUUGUGUAGGGUUGUUGAACUCGCAGUACAUAUCUCAGUUUUGAAAUUUACACUCAUUUCAUUGA